GGGAUCCUGGGAGGGGUCCGCAGGCCACCUGCCCCGCCCCCGCCCUCAGCGCGGAGUUUCCCUUCCGCGCCGUCUGCUCUGCUUCCCUUUCUAGGCGGGCGGGCGGGCAGACUGUGGCCCUGGUGUAUAUCUCUAUACCCCGGAAGAAGUGGGCUCCGGCAGCUCUCCAUGGCGAGCUCGGCAGGGCCCGGGAGCCGGGCCGCCCUGCGCCUCUGCGCCACAGUUGUUUUACUUGAUGUGGCUUUCACUAAAGGAUUUGUCGAAGAUUUAGAUGAAUCAUUUAAAGAAAAUCGAAAGGAUGACAUUUGGCUCGUAGAUUUUUAUGCACCGUGGUGUGGCCAUUGUAAAAAACUGGAACCGAUUUGGAAUGAAGUUGGUCUUGAGAUGAAAAGCAUUGGUUCGCCUGUUAAAGUUGGAAAGAUGGAUGCCACUUCCUAUUCCAGCAUUGCUUCAGAAUUUGGAGUUCGAGGUUAUCCAACAAUUAAGCUAUUAAAGGGAGACUUGGCAUAUAAUUAUAGAGGACCCCGAACUAAGGAUGAUAUUAUUGAGUUUGCUCACAGAGUAUCUGGGGCUUUAAUUCGGCCACUUCCAAGUCAGGAAAUGUUUGAGCAUGUACAGAAGAGACAUCGUGUCUUUUUUGUUUAUAUAGGUGGAGAAUCACCUUUGAAAGAAAAAUACAUAGAUGUUGCUUCAGAAUUGAUUGUGUACACAUACUUCUUUUCUGCCUCUGAAGAAGUGGUUCCUGAGUAUGUGACACUGAAAGAGAUGCCUGCUGUGCUUGUUUUCAAAGAUGAAACUUACUUUGUUUAUGAUGAGUAUGAAGAUGGUGAUCUGUCAUCAUGGAUCAACAGAGAAAGGUUUCAGAAUUACCUUACUGUUGAUGGCUUCCUCUUAUAUGAACUUGGAGACACAGGAAAGCUUGUGGCUAUUGCAGUUAUUGAUGAGAAAAAUACAUCAGUUGAACAUACCAGGUUAAAGUCAAUUAUUCAGGAAGUUGCUAGAGAUUACAGAGAAGAUUUCCAUAGAGAUUUUCAGUUUGGCCAUAUGGAUGGAAAUGACUAUAUAAAUACCUUACUGAUGGAUGAAUUGACAGUUCCAACUGUAGUUGUGCUGAACACUUCAAACCAACAGUACUUUGUGCUGGAUAGGCAGAUUCAGAAUGCUGAAGACAUGGUCCAGUUCAUUAGGAGCGUUUUAGAUGGCACAGUAGAAGCUCAAGGAGGUGACAGCAUUUUGCAGAGAUUGAAAAGAAUAGUGUUUGACGCCAAGUCUACGAUUGUGUCCAUAUUCAGGAGCUCCCCACUCAUGGGCUGCUUUCUCUUCGGCCUGCCCCUGGGCGUCAUCAGCAUCAUGUGCUAUGGCAUCUACACGGCUGACACAGACGGAGGCUACGUCGAGGAACGGUACGAAGUAAGAAGCGAAGGCCCAGAACCGCUGGAAGAAGGCAAAGAACCACAGGAACCAAGCAGCGAAGGUUCGCUAGUACCCACGGCGCAAGAGCCCAAGGAUGUAUUAGAGAAGAAGAAAGAUUGAAACUUAUGAAAUAUUUCAUAGGAUUUCAAAUUAUUAAAGAAUCUAUUUAUUGAGUUUAGACAUUGAAUCAUGAUCUUACAGAGGAGAACAUGUUAUUUGUAUUUUGCUAAUACCAACUGCAUGGAUUAAAGUAGUCCUUCCAUAAACUGGGGAGAUGAUUGAAGCAAAGAGAUGAACGGUUCGUUUAAAACAAACACAGCCCAAGCACUCCACCAGAGUGUACCUGAUACAUGUCGUCGACACAGACCAGUUCUAUUUCAUGUUUCUCUAUCUGGAUAUUCUGUGACAAACUUAAGAUUGCUGGGCAGAAUAUUUAAGUUGGUCAGUCA